ACUCCCGCCCACUGCUGUCCCUUUCCCCAUUAACAGGAAGUGGACGUGCCUGAGGUGCUCGGUUCUUCACCCGAAGCUAAGGCCCGCAAUCCGGCGACUAGCACCAUCAAAAUUAGGCAUCCAACACCGUAAACGUGAAUAAAGACUUGUAUAAUGGCUUCCGUGUCCGAGCUCGCCUGUAUUUACUCGGCUCUUAUCCUCCACGAUGAUGAAGUCACUGUCACCGAGGACAAGCUGAAUGCCCUGAUCAAGGCCGCCGGCGUGACCGUGGAACCUUUCUGGCCCAGUCUCUUCGCCAAGGCUCUGUCCAACGUUGACAUCGGCAGCCUUAUCUGCAACGUCGGUGCCGGUGGUGGCGCGCCAGCUGGAGCCCCCGCUGCCGGUGGAGCCGCGGCCUCUGCUGGAGAUGCCCCAGCUAAAGCAGAAGAGAAGAAGGAAGAAAAGAAGGAGGAGUCCGAGGAGUCUGAUGACGAUAUGGGCUUUGGUCUUUUUGAUUAAACCACCUGUUUUUCUAAAAACAAUAAAAUGACCAAAAAU